AUUCACGGUAACUACAUGGUCGGGUCCCAGGUGGGUAUUCACGGUAACUUCAUGGUCGGGUCCCAGGUGGGCAUUCACGGUAACUACAUGGUCGGGUCCCAGGUGGGCAUUCACGGUAACUACAUGGUCGGGUCCCAGGUGGGCAUUCACGGUAACUACAUGGUCGGGUCCAAGGUGGGCAUUCACGGUAACUACAUGGUCGGGUCCCAGGUGGGCAUUCACGGUAACUACAUGGUCGGGUCCCAGGUGGGCAUUCACGGUAACUACAUGGUCGGGUCCAAGGUGGGCAUUCACGGUAACUACAUGGUCGGGUCCCAGGUGGGCAUUCACGGUAACUACAUGGUCGGGUCCCAGGUGGGCAUUCACGGUAACUUCAUGGUCGGGUCCAAGGUGGGCAUUCACGGUAACUACAUGGUCGGGUCCAGGUGGGCAUUUACGGUAACUACAUGGUCGGGUCCAAGGUGAGCAUUCACGGUAACUACAUGGUCGGGUCCCAGGUGGGCAUUCACGGUA